AUGGAAGAGCUAAAGCAGCCAAUUAUUCCUGCUAGCUUUAACCAAGCUAAAACUAAAGGGAAAACUAUGAAGGAAAGAUCAAAAGAGCAUCGAGAGAGGAAGAAAGCCUACAUCGCUAAUUUGGAGACCAAAAUAGUAGAUUUAGAAACUCAGAUUAGGGAUUUAACCACUGAGAAUGAACAGAUUAAGGCACAGCUUGAGAAGAGUUCAUCUGAGUGUAAGACUCAAGUGGUUGAGAAGAAGAGUGGGGUUGCUAAGAGUUCUGAUACUUCUAAAAAUAAGAUAGAGAAGAGCUUCAAAUCCUCCCUUCAUGAAUACGAAGAUUUUGUGUAUGAUAAGUUGAACAAAAAGAUGAUGGAGAAUCCUGACGAGGUCAGAUAUACCACUCUCGAACAAGCAUAUGAGCAUAUUGAGGAUUAUAGCGAUGACAGGUUCAUCUACAUUGAUAGUCAAUUUAGAAACAUUAUAAAUAACAUUGUCGGGAUAGAAACAAAAAUCUACCAAGCUUGUUUGAAAAAUCUCAAAUUAUCAGAAAUAAAGAGAAGGAUGAAAACUAAGAAGAGGCAUUCUAAAUAUUUUGUCAAGAAGGAAUUCAGACUUGACCAGAUCAUGUUUGAUGAGGAAUGGAGCAAACCUCUCAUGGAAGUAAUGGAGAAAUAUGGAGAGGAAUUACAAAAUUUUGGGAAAACUAUUAAAUCUUUAGUUAAGAAAUUAGUCCAAGUACGAAACAAGCUAUUUAAUACCUACAUUAGUAUGGCAGAGAUUGACGAAAAGAUCUAUGACACUGCUGAUUACCAUAAGCAAGAUGUCAAGGGCUUGUUUGAAAUCUACAAUUUGAUCAAAGAUACAAAGUACAUGACUCCGCAUUAUUUAUGGGAUAUUCCUAAGAGACCUGAUAGUGAGUUAGCAUACAAGGACUUUGAGCUCUCAUCUAGCGAAGAUGAUGAAUAAUCUCAAUGAAAUUUCAGUACCUAA